CAGGUUCCAAUAAAAAGCCUAAUAAUCCAAAAAAUGAAACACACAGAGAUGAAAAAUCCAAGAAAACUGAGCCAAUAAAAACAAGAGAGAUAGUCAGAUAGAGGAUGGAGGGACGGAUGGAGAGAGUAAAGAAACAAAGAAACCAGUUCCUAUCAGGCAAUAACUAGGUGGCAGAGCGAUUGGUCCAAUAUGAAUAUGAGCCAGUCGUUUCCCUCAGGCCUCAAGGCACCCGCCCUCGCCACCUCUUCUUCUUCUCCUCCUCCUCCACCACCAUUCCAAUGUCCGCAGAAGCGCCUCGAGAUUCCCCGCAUCUCCAUCCCAGGUCCUCUUCCCUUCCGUCUUCCACCAGAAACUCAGCAGCUCCCGCUCGACGACAUCAAUCUGGUAACUCUGCCUCACUCACUUUUCCCCCCCGGAGUAGUAGUAGUUUUCUCAGCAAUUUCUUCCGGCUGAAAACUCUCUUUUGAUUUCACUGUUUUCUGACUGCUGGUAGGUGAAAUGAUGGCCGCAAGAGCUUCGGAUGAUCAGAAAAGAACGGGGACGGUGAAAGCCGCUAUCAAUAUGUUCGGGGAGAGACUCUCCGACGGAACAACCACUAAGAAAUCACAGUCGGGGAAUUAUACUGAGUCUCCGUCAAGGACCACGGAGCUCCACAUGGCAAAGAGGGACAUAGCCAGGUACAGAGAGCGGAGAAGGACGGCCGAAUCUGUAAAAACCCAAGCAGAUAACGAGCUCUCCCAGGCGAAAAGAGCCGUCAAAGACCUCGCUUCUCAGAUUGAGGAAUCCAACGCCAAAGUCAUUUCCAGAAACAAGGGCAUGGAGGAAGCGCCGAAGCCACCGCCGGCACACAGCUCCCCGGUCGAAGGCGAAGCCGAGAGCAGCGGCCGGAAAUCCGACCGUUACCUGGAGGUAAUGAAGGAGCUGGAGUUCGUCAAACAGGAGCUCAGCAAGUUGAAGCUCGGCAUGGCGUCUGUCCUGCAAGAGAAAGCUCAGGCCGAAAAGGUAGCCGCGAGCUCACAAUCGAAGCAGCAGGCGGAGGCGGAGGUGCUGAGGAAAGAGAUCGACGAGGCGAACGAAGAGCAAGUCCUCGUCGAGCUGGCGACCAUCGAGGCGUUGAAGGAGAAGGAAGAGAUCGAAGCGGGAAGGGAGAAGGAGUCUGCCGAAUUCUCCUCCGCGGUUGAGGAGAAGAGGAAGAAAAUCGACGCGGUAAAUGGAGAGAUCGAUAGCUCCAGAGAGCUGGAGUCGAAAUUGGCUGUCACUCUGUACGACGCCAGCGUUCUGCAGACCGAGCUGAAGCAGGCGAAAGAGCUGGAGGAGAAGAACAAGAAGAAGAAGCAGAUGCAGCAGGGAAACGACGGAUUGAGGAGUUCCAUCAGCUUCUCGAGGAGAGUCGAAGAAGGAAAUGACGACAGUUCACCGUUGUUGAAGUCGAUUACCGACGAAUUGGAGGCUGCGAAGAAGGAAUUGGCUACGGUGAAGGAGGAAGGGUUUCAGUUCAUGGCCUCCAUGGACAUAAUCAGGAACGAGCUCAAUCACGUGAGGGACGAGGCAGCCAGGCUGCAGAAACAAGAGGAAAAGGCAGAUGCGACGGUGCUGAACCUGAAUUCGAAGCUUCUGCGGGGGAAAUCGAAGCUGGAAGCUGCAAUUUCCUCCGAGGAGAAGGCGAAAUCGAUCGUGGCGAAUCUGAACCUCACACUGGAGCAAUUGAAGACGGAAGCGGAGGUGGCGAAGAAGGAGAAGGAGCUUAUCGGUGACGAGGCGGCGAGCAUCAAGGCGGAGAUUCGGAAGACCGAGGCGGACAUUGACCUAACCGAGGGGAAAUUGGAGGUGGCGAUGGAGGAACUGGAGACGAUCAAGGCGUCGGAGGCUGUAGCUUUGAAGAAUCUGCAGGAUCUGAUUGAGAACGCCGUGAGAGCCAGAGCUUCGGCCUCUCUGGAAGGCUCCUCGACGAUCAAUCUGUCGAGGUUCGAGUACGAGUACCUGACGGGGCGAGCGGCGAAGGCGGAGGAUAUCGCGGACAAGAAGGUGGCGGCGGCGCAGGCGUGGAUCGAAGCGUUGAAGGCGAGCGAGAAGGAGAUAUUGAUGAAAGUGGAGAUGGCGCACCGGGAGCUGAGGGAGACGAGGGUGGAGGAAGAGAGGGAGGAGUUGAGGGCUGAGAGGGCGAUUCCGGAGGAGGAAGAGGCAAAGAAUCGGAAUCAGUAUCACCGUCAGAGCAAUGGAAACGCCGCCGGCAGGAAGAAAUCGAUGAGCGAAACUCCGAGGAGAGCGGCCAGAGCGAGCAGCAGCGGGAGCCUGACUCCGUCGAGGCGUUUGAAGCUUCGGACGGCUGAGUUUACACCGAGUCGGGGGACGACUCGAUCCGUCUCGGUGCCUAUGAAAAAGAGGAAAUCGUCCAUUCCGAAUUUGUCCAGUAUGUUGAAGCGGCAAGAAGCUCAUUAAAGGAGGCCCGGCCCAACUUUGGGCCCAAGAGGCAAGAAGUCCGGGUGACUUCGUGCGUUCUGGUUCGAGACCUGUUUGUCUCAGCAGUUAAUCACGUUAACUUUUUUCCAUUCCAUUUGCGAAAGUCAUAGCUGAAAAUUGUCAUAAUAUUGAUCCCUAUGCAAUUCAUAUGUUGUUUUUUUUUCCUUCUUCUUUCAAACUUUGAAUACCUGUAAUCUUACUGCAUUGGAAGUGUCCGAAAUAACAUUAAUGUACUCAAGUGGCUAUGGUUGUCCGGUUUCCAUCGAUGGAUAGGGAUGACAA